UCGUUGCAGCGUCUGGACUUUACCUCAGAAGGUUGUUGUGCCCUACAGAAAACUUAACGGGACAUAUUUUUUUAUUCCACAUUUUAUCCGUUUUAUUGAAGUAAUCUAGUGAAGAAGUACAAAUGAAGACGCUCGUCAUUGGAGUUGGCGGAAUGACCAACGGAGGCAAAUCGACUCUUGCCAGGAGUUUGCAGCAGCAGAUACCCAACAGCUGUGUUAUUGCUCAAGAUGCAUUUUUCAAGGACGACAUUGUGGUUCCAGUCGACGACAGGGGGUUUAAACAAUAUGACAUGCUGGACGCUCUCCACAUGGACAAAAUGAUGAGUCAGGUGGAUUCCUGGCUGCGAGACCCAGUUUCUUUCUUGGGGGAACAAGCUCUACCAGUCGACUCUAAAGAGGAUGCGUUUGUUCUGAUCGUGGAAGGAUUCCUCAUUUUCAACCACAAGCCUUUAAACCAGCUAUUCCACAAAAGAUACUUCAUGGAAAUACCAUACAACGUGUGCAAGCAGAGGCGAAGCUCUAGAGUUUACACGCCCCCUGAUCCCCCUGGUUAUUUUGAUGGACACGUGUGGCCCAUGUAUGUUAAAAACCGGCAGGAGAUGGAGAGGGACGUGCCAGUGAUCGCACUUCUAGAUGGACUGAAGUCAAAAGAAGAACUGCUGGCUACUGUGUAUGAAGAUGUCUGUCGAGAAAUACAAAAAAUCAAGGAUGAUACGGAACGUCUAGCAGAGUAAUCCUGCCGCCGCUGCUGCUUUUGUGGACCUCAGAAAAAUCUGAAUUCAUUCCUGACUGAAAGGACACAAUUUUAUUGCAAGACUUUUUUAAAAGAACUUUUUAGUACGACAUGUGAUCUUAUCAUGUAUAUGUGAUGCUGCUACACACUUACACAGUUCACUGUUACUUUUUAUAGGACUGUUCAAUAAAGCAUUAUCAUGUUAAUUAUGUUUUUCAUUGCAGUAUAGCGGAAUAGAAUAACAGAAGACCAUUAUUCAGUGUUUAAAAUGGGUUAUCAGUAUUAUAGACAGUGAUGUGGCAUCUAUGAUAUGGUUUUUGUGAGAGGAUAUUUCCUCAUAUCUCACCAGUUGCUGGUUUUGUAAACACAAAACAGACUGUUUGUGUGGUCAGAUGACACAUACUGAACAGAACUGGACCCAGAAUCUGUCACAAAGGCCUUUGGAAUCAAAACUGCCACAAGCCUUUUUUUACACUGUAGCCAUUAGCACUGCUGCUAAAGGUCACCCUGCCCUGGCUUUUCUCUUCCAUUAUAUCAGCCCAAAAUUAUAUUUAAUAGGCGGCAGGAAGGUGUAAGAUUCGAGCCCUGCUAACUCUAGGUUGAGAGCAGACUGUGGUGUUCUCCGUGUGGAGUUUGUCUGUGCGCCCCAUGCUUGCGUGGGCUUCCCAACUCCGUCCGAGGGAUGAGGGCCAUUGAUUGCAAAAAUAUUGUUUAUUAUUAACAAAUUUGAUUGUCUGCCGUGAGAGCUUUAGCUGUUGCAGUGCAUUAUGGGGCUUGAUCAUGACUACACUUGUGGGUGAUGGCGUUACAUUCGAGUCGUUUCACCCACUCUAUGAUCUGAAGGAAGACAAAACAGAAGGAGAUGGUCGGGAGCGAAGAUGCUCUGUUGCUUCAACGCAACAUUGUUGGCCCGUAAAUAGUUUGCUAGCCAAUGAAUAGGUUUUGUGGUUAUUUGUCUUUGACUAUACCAAUCUUCAACUAAGCCCAAAGUAUCUUUCAUUUUCAGUAUGAUUCAGUAAUAGCCAUGUAUGGGAUGCUUCUGUAUGGUGUG